AUGAAGGCUGGGAGCAAUUAUUGGAAGAGGUCAAAUCAUUUUGUGUUGCAAAAGAAAUUCCAAUACCAAAUAUGGAAGAGACAAUACCAAUUACCAAGAUGGGGUACAUCAAGGCUUGAUGGCAACUUAAUCACUCAAGAGCAUCAUUACCGUGUUGAUACUUUCCUUGCUGUACUUGAUGCUAUAAUCAUGGAGAUGGAUCAUCGCUUCAAUGAGGUAUCAUCUGAGUUGCUUGUUUCAUUUGCUUGUCUUGAUCCAAGAGACAACUUUGCUAGAUUUGAUGUUGAAAAGAUUGCUCGGCUAACGGAUAUCUAUGAUCAAGAUUUCUCUAUUGUUGAUCGUGAUAGUAUAAGGGAUCAACUUGAGACAUUUAUUGUUCAUGUGAAAAGAAUUGAUGAUUUCAAAUCUUGUCAUGACCUUGGACGCUUGGCUACAGAAAUGGUUGCAACUAAGAAACAUAUCACUUUUCCAUUGAUCUAUCGCAUCAUUGAGUUAGCAUUGAUCCUACCUGUGGCAACAUCUUUAGUUGAAAGAGCCUUCUCAGCUAUGCACUUAAUCAAGACAGCUUUGCGGAACAAGAUGGGUGAUGAAUGGCUCAAUAACUUGUUAGUGUGCUACGUUGAGAAAGGGAUCUUCAAGGAACUUGGUAUUGAUAAAGUUAAGAAGAGGUUUCAAUCUAUGAAAACCCGAAGAGUGAGCUUGCCAAAGAGCCCUCGACGUCAUCAACAUUCUUAG